AAUAGUACCCUAACUACAAAACCGGAUUAAAAUAAUAGCGUGAAUAUAAAUAAUACUAAAAGUUAAUAUGAUGUUUGUUUAAAAAUGUUUUCUUUGUUAUUCCUAGUUUUUAGACAGAAAUUAUUCAAGUUUAUUUCAGGAAGAUUAAGAGUUGUGUACUACUAUCCGCGGAUGACUGAAAAUGUGUUUAAUAACAAUGAAAAGCAUAAAAAAAAUAUAAUCUACCCUCAAUGUUAAUGCACUUGUGAUUAUUCCAGUGACUUAGCUAUUGGAAUAAUAGUAUGCUUAGAAGCAUUACACAAAAUCUCGAAAUCUUGGUUAGCGUCCCUUUGGCUUAAUAGAAUACAUACACACAAUUAAUGUGCCUAUAUAUACAAACGUGUAUGUAUAAAGCAGCAGCAGAAAAUGCAGGUAUAUCUGUAUCAAUGCAGGCCUGUAUAUAAAUAUACAUAUGCACAUAAUGCAUUGCUGUGUGAUGUUAUCAAUGUUGGACAAUUCGCAUUAUAGUGCGUCAAAGCAAAAAAAGUAAUAAAUACGAAAUAAAACAACCGGAAACGACCUCAAAAAAUUUAAAAUGGGAUAUAUCUGCUAUCCUGUAAUAAAAGGAAACGCAAAAGGCCACUUUAUCGAACAUGCCGCAUCUUCCAAAAGUAGAUUUACUUUCCUACAAAAUAAAAUCUUUAGCACACUUCACCCUGCUUUUAAUAAUCUUCAAGCACAUAUAAGAACGCGAAGCAGAAUUGUUUACAGAAUGUCAUUAUUUAGCAUUAUACUGGUUGUCUUAGUUUCGCUUAUCUUAAGAUUGGCGAAAGCUGACCAAGUUGUACUGUUGGAUACGACUAGGGAAGCUACAUUGGAGUGGACCAGGUAUCCGUAUGGCCCCCAAGCCCAAACACCAGGGUGGGUAGAAGAGUCAUUCACUGAUUUCGUAAAGGGAAUUAAUUGGAGAAGUUAUGUGGUUUGCGAUGUAGCAUAUCACAAUGUCAACAACUGGCUGUGGUCGCCAUUUAUCGAUCGUGGACCAGCAAACCGACUUUACAUUGAAAUUCAAUUUACAAUACGCGACUGUUCUUUAUUCCCAGGAAACGCUUUAUCGUGCAAAGAAACUUUUAGUUUACUUUUUUACGAGUUUGAUGCUGCUACUCGAGAGCCUCCUCCGUGGCAAACAGACAGUUACAGACUGAUUGCUCGCAUUGCAGCUGGAGAGGGGCGCUUCAAUCAGAACUCCGAUGUAGAUAUAAACACUGAAGUAAAGAGCAUAGCGGUAAACAAAAAGGGCGUUUAUUUUGCAUUUAGAGAUCAGGGCGCUUGUAUUAGCGUUCUAGCUGUAAAAGUGUAUUAUAUCACUUGUCCUGCUGUUACCGAAAAUUUUGCCCACUUCAACGAAACUCCCACAGGUAGAGAAAUAACUAUUAUCGAGAAGCAAAACGGAACUUGUGUCGAAAACGCAGAACCCUAUGAAGCACCGACGUACUUAUGCAAAGGUGAUGGAAAAUGGACAAUUCUUACUGGUGGAUGCCGGUGCGUGGCCGGAUAUGAACCAAGCAAUUUUAAUAAAACAUGCACAGAAUGUCCGCGUGGAACAUUCAAAUCAACAGAGGUAACUAAGUGUACGCCAUGUCCUCCCAAUUCAAAUUCAUCAAAAAGUGGAUCGCCAUUUUGCAAGUGUAUGCCAGGAUACUAUAGACAUCCGAAUGAUGGACGACAUAUGCCUUGCUAUAGUCCACCACCUGCGCCGACAAAUCUUACACUGCUGUUUGUCGAUCAAACCAGUGCCAUAAUAUCUUGGAGCAUACCAACCAAGAAUGAAACAAAUUCGGCUGAAGCGCAGACUAGAAAAUAUCAAAGUGAUAUUGUUUACAAGAUAAGAUGCAAUACAUGCAGUCCAAAUGUAAUGUACAAUCCCUCUACUGACACAUUCAACGAAACGAAAAUUACACUAACAAAUCUUGAACCGGUAACCACUUACACUGUGCAGAUACAUGCAACUAAUAGCAUGUCGCACCUCAUCGAAUCAAACCGGAACUACAAUGAAUCGUCUCAGGUGGCAAGUAAUGAUAUAAAUUUUUCGAAUACGUCAUAUUUGAAUAUACCGUUGGACUUAAACGAAGUAAAGACCGGUCACGCCGAAAUCGUUUUUACAACCGAGUCUGUAUUGCUCUCGACAGUUUUUAACUUACGUAUAUUGGCUAUAACUAGUAAGGAUGUUGAUUUAGAGUGGGACAAGCCCGUUCACAGUGAUUCUCCUCUUGAGUUUUAUGAAGUGCGGUGGUUUCCCAAGGCUGAAUUAGAUGCCAUAAAUAAAAGUGCGUUAAAUACAAAGGAGACUAAGGCACAUAUAGAAGGAUUGUUAGAAAACACUGAAUAUGGAUUUCAAGUUCGCUGUAAAACAAUAAAUGGAUUUGGCUCUUAUAGUAACAUAAUUUAUGCCCAAACACCAAAUCCCGUAGCCUCAGGCUACGACGAUUCUGUGCAUAUAAGGUUUAUUGCUGCUGCCAUUGUUACUGGUGUCCUGUUUCUAGUAAUUUUUAUAAUAGCUACAGUCUAUUUCAUGAGAUCCAAACAUCAGGAUGAACUUGAUAAAAAAUCUACAAAUCAUUUGCCCUUACCACUGGACUACACCAGUAACGAAGUUAAUACUAUGGAUACUACUCCAAUUGUCAAAACCCUUCACUUAAACGUGACGACGCCUCUAUUUGGAAAUAGUAGAAGCUAUGUAGAUCCACAUACAUAUGAAGACCCCAAUCAAGCUAUACGGGAAUUUGCCCGAGAAAUCGAUGCAAACUACAUUACUAUAGAAGCUAUUAUCGGCGGUGGAGAAUUCGGAGAUGUAUGUCGCGGCCGUUUAAAAAUACCACCAAAUUUUGUGCAGGACAUUGAUGUAGCGAUAAAGACUUUGAAACCAGGAUCUUCAGAAAAAGCGCGAUGUGACUUUUUGACAGAGGCUUCUAUUAUGGGCCAGUUUGAUCAUCCAAAUGUUAUUUAUCUCCAGGGUGUAGUUACACGCUCAAAUCCAGUUAUGAUUAUUACUGAAUACAUGGAAAACGGAAGUUUAGACACAUUUCUUCGUGUGAAUGAUGGAAAGUUUCAAACCCUGCAGCUGAUAGUAAUGCUUCGAGGUAUCGCCAGCGGAAUGGCAUAUCUAAGUGAUAUGAAUUAUGUACACAGAGACUUGGCGGCACGAAACGUUCUUGUUAAUGCCCAAUUAAUUUGUAAAAUUGCGGACUUUGGAUUAUCACGUGAAAUUGAAAACGCCAGUGACGCCUACACAACUCGGGGCGGAAAAAUUCCUGUACGUUGGACUGCACCAGAAGCCAUUGCAUUUAGAAAGUUUACUUCUGCUUCGGAUGUUUGGUCCUAUGGAGUAGUUCUAUGGGAAGUCAUGUCCUACGGGGAACGUCCAUAUUGGAAUUGGUCAAACCAGGACGUAAUAAAGAGUAUUGAAAAGGGGUACCGUUUACCAGCUCCGAUGGACUGUCCAGAAGCUCUCUAUCAGCUUAUGUUAGAUUGCUGGCAAAAGCAGCGAACUCACCGCCCCACAUUUGCCAGCAUCGUUUUAACCCUCGACAAUUUGGCAAGACAACCGCAGUCAUUACUGACAACUCGAAAUUCACCCGAAUCAGACGUUAAUCAUAUUUUGGACACACAGCGCGGUCCAAAUAUAUUUAUAAGCACUGACCUUUGGUUGGAACAUAUUAAAAUGUCAAGAUACUGUCAGCAUUUCAAAGAGGCUAAUUUAAUUAAUGCUCAACAGAUCUCUAGAUUAACAGCUCAACAAUUGUCGGAUAUGGGAAUUACCCUGGUGGGACAUCAGAAAAAGAUUUUACAUCAAGCCCGACAACUGGACACUAUAAUAUAACCGUUCUUUUUUUACUUCGUAGUUUAAGAUGUACAUAUAAAAAACAUUAUUUAUAUAUAUAUAUAUAUAUAUA